CCGCGCCCAGCUCCCCACUGUGCCACCCAGAGGCCUGCUGAGUCCCGGGUCCUGCAGCCCCGACGCCCACCAUGGAUAUCGCCAUCCAGCACCCCUGGUUCAGGCGCGCCCUGGGCCCCUUCCACCCCAGCCGGCUCUUCGACCAGUUUUUCGGCGAGGGCCUCUUCGAGUGCGACCUGCUGCCCUUCCUGUCCUCCACCGUCAGCCCCUACUACCGCCAGUCCCUGUUCCGCACCGUGCUGGACUCUGGCAUCUCUGAGCUCAUGACCCAUAUGUGGUUUGUAAUACACCAACCACAUGCUGGAAGCCCCAAGAGCAACCCCACCAAGGUCCGAUCCGACCGGGACAAGUUUGCCAUCUUCCUGGACGUGAAGCACUUCUCCCCGGAGGACCUCACCGUGAAGGUGCAGGAGGACUUCGUGGAGAUCCACGGCAAGCACAGCGAGAGGCAGGACGAUCAUGGCUACAUCUCCCGCGAGUUCCACCGCCGCUACCGCCUGCCUUCCAGCGUGGACCAGUCGGCUCUCUCCUGCUCCCUGUCUGCCGACGGCAUGCUGACCUUCUCUGGCCCCAAGGUCGCAUCUGGGGGGGACGCCGGCCACAGCA